AUGAAAUAUCCAAUAAUGAUCAAGAAAUUUCAAAGAUUAAAUUAUACAAAUUCUACUCUUUCAUAUUUAACAAAAACAACUAUCAAUCCCAAUGAUUUUCAGUUGAAAAAACCAACACAUUUCAUCCCCAAAUCAUUACUUGUUUUAUCAACUCCAAAUAAUUUACCCCAAGUUAUUGAAGAUUCAAUUAAAUUUCAUCAAGAUCCAUCUCUUUCAGAUCUUCAGCUUGUGGUUGCUGGUGUAGAUACAGUAGUUCCAUAUUCACAUCGUAAUGGAGUUUCUGAACUUUGGAUGAAUCAGCCUAUUAAAAUUGGACAAUCGUUAUUAUUGGAAGAUCGAGAUGAUUUAAAUAAACCUCCAAGAGAAUCAGAUGGACUUAAUAUAGUAGUAGCUAAGAAGAAUUGGAAAAAUAUUGAAUCUAAUUUGAAUAUUAAAUUAAGAAAUGAUAUGAAUUUGAAUUUAAAUCUUGCAAAUACUGUGUUUUCUACUGGAUCGAUAAUUACGUUAUUUUAUUUUUCACAUAUUAACAAUCAAAAGGGUGGUAUAAAUCAUCUGGGUCAACAUUUAUGUGAUUUACAAAUUGAAUUACCAAGAGGCGUGGUUCCAAGACAUUCACAUGCGUCUAUUCAUGAUAAUUGGACUGAUUUAUAUCCUGGUGAAAAUUCAUUUAAAAUUACUAAAUGUGUUGGUAAUUUGUUGAAAACAGUUGAUAAUAAACCAGCAGCCCAAGUUUCUUGA